GGCAGACUUUCUCUCUUCACAACUUCAACGAACAUGUCUCCUUCACAAGCCACGACGAUGCCCUCCCAUCGCGCCCUCAAUUCCAUCGACGCUCCUUCCUGCUCCUCCUGCCCUCCCCCGCCCCCCUUCAGCCUCAGCCCCGAGACAUGGAAGAGCUUCUCCCUGGAUAAGCGACGGAGACUCUCGUGCCUGGCUAACUCCAUCGCGCUGGUGCAGAAGAGGAUGGAGCAGAGGCACCUAGGCGAGCUUGCGGAGCUGCCAAGCAUUUCACGACGAGCCAGCAGGGCGCACUGAAGAAAAGCAAUUUGGACGUUCGUUGAGCAAACAAUUCUGUAAAUUAGCAAAAUUACCACUCGAAAGAAGAGAAAAAUAAAGAAGAAUACAAUCU